AUGAAGGAAGAAGGUACCUUCUACUUCAAUUACCGGCCAAAGAGAAUGCAAAGGAGACUCAAACAAUCUCAGAUGCAAGGGAAUUUGAAGCUGUGUCCCAAAGACUGGGAGCUACACGAGAACAAGUGCUAUUGGAUCUCAAGGGAAAAACAGACCUGGACUGAGAGUAAGGGCAACUGCAGAGCUCAAAAUUCUGAACUUGCAGUUUUGAAAGAACAGGCAGAACUGAACUUCAUACAGGGUAUCAGCAACGGGGCACAACUGUUGUGGAUAGGACUCUCUGCAAAUUCCAGCACCCAUAAAUGGUUGUGGGUGGACAAUUCCCCAUUUAAUAAUACGAGGCUGCCAAUCAUAGCCGAGGCUCAAGGAAGCAGCUGUGCCAUGUUGAAGGGAUCUAAAAUCAUCUCGGAAUCUUGCAGUGCUGUGACCAAGUGGAUCUGUGAGACAGAAGCUCUGGUGAUGUAA